ACUUUGAGAGAGAGAGAGAGACAGAGAGAGAGAGAGAGAGAGAGAGAGAGAGAGAGGUUUUCUCUCCAUUUGAAGUCUGCUCGUCACUAUCACGAAGACACAGAUAGGUCAUCUCCAUCAAGAUCUUGAGACCCAGUAUUCUUUUCCCUUCUACAUCCUUCUCUAUAGAAUUGAAUUCUUCAUCCCACGAAACCAAAUCCCACUUGUGCUCGAAGCCAAACGCGCACACGCAAAAAAAAAAUAAGUCUCGUGCUUCGCUCAUGGUUUUCUUCUUUCCUCCAUGAUCUGAAACUUCACUUCUUUUAUGGUUUUCUUCUUUCCUCCAUGAUCUGAAACUUCACUUCUUUAACAGCUCCGUACUUUUUCAUUUUUUCGUGUUGCCUUCUGGAUUGGUGGUCAUGUGUGGUUUGGUCUCUUCUAUGGAAACCCACUUCCGAGUCUGAGAAAUUUCCGACUUUUUUUCUUUCAUCUUUACUCUACUUGCUUUGCUUCUAUUUUCUGCUUCGAUAUUUUGAUAAAACCAAUUCGAAUCCUCUAAAUCCCAGUCCAGUUCAAGUCGAAAAAUCCAUUUUCCAAAUUCCACCAGCCUAACACUUUCAAUCUCUACCAAACAAUGAUUCGACAAUUUCUCAUAAGCCAGUAACUUUCAUCUCAUAUUUUGGUCUUUUUCUUUCUGGUCGUUUCUAGUUUAAAAUACUGUAGAAGUACUCAAAAUCCAUUCCGUAACCACAGACUCCACCAAAUUCUCCUCAAUACCAAAAACCCAACACCAAAUCAAAUCCCUCAAAAAGCCACAAUCGGUUAGUCAUCAAAUUAGCAAGCCUCUUUUUUUUUUUCUCCUCAUUCCUAUAAAACUUGCACACAAAAGGAUCAGAAGUUAGAAAAUGCAAGACUCAGCAACAUUCCAACCCAUCAAACCCCACUUCCCAGAGCAAGAACUACUCAAAUGUCCACGCUGCGACUCCACAAACACCAAGUUCUGCUAUUACAACAACUACAACCUUUCACAGCCACGCCACUUUUGCAAGAACUGCAGGAGGUACUGGACGAAAGGCGGUGCUCUGAGAAACAUCCCAGUUGGCGGUGGAACCCGUAAGAACACAAAGCGGGGAUCAAAACCAAAACGGUCUUCUUCGUCAUCAUCUUCAUCGUCAACGGCAUCAAAUUCGGUGGUGGAGAACCCAGGUCUGGAGCAUGACCCCAACCGGCUCUAUGGCUCUAUGGUGGAUCAGGACCGUCGAAUGCUGGAUAUUACGGGGAGCUUUGGUUCACUUCUGGCAUCAAAUGGGCAGUUUUCCAGUUUACUGGAGGGUCUGAAUCCCGAUGGGUCGGGUGUGAAAAUGUUGCAAAUGGGUGAGUUUGCGGAGAAUUUGAAUUCGGGUCAUGUGUUGGAAACAGGUUCAGUACGAAACCUGGGAAUGGAUGUGCAGAGUGAUAACAAUUCAGAGAGUUAUUUAGGUCUGCAAAGUGGUGAUUCAAGCUGCUGGACUGACGGCAAUGGGUGGCCUGAUCUUUCUAUUUACACACCAGAAACUAGGGUGGCGAAGAGAGGAGCAUGAAUAAGUCAAGACUUUAUUGUGGCAUUUUCUAGUGCUACUGCAGGUGGCAUACCACGGGCCGCAACACUAGCGCAUCCUAUUGGUAAAUGGUUUAUCUUCUGUUGUUUCUGUCUGGUUUUUGUCUGUAUGAGUUUUAUGAAUGAUAAGCAGAGAGAGAGUGAGAGAGAGAGAGAACUAUUCACUAUUGUUUCUUGAUUGGUCUGGACUGAGAGAGAAUUGGCAUUGGUGGUAUAUAUAUGAGAAUCAUUCCACAUGCCCAUACUAUGCUAAUAUUAGCAGUAACUGUUACUAAAUAGCUUGUUCCCAUGCUGAUCUUGUAUCUGUGCAUAUGUACGGUUUUUUUUUUACAUGAAUGUAUGCCAUUCUUGAGGGCUUUGCA